AUGUCUUCGAGAGAAUUAUCGAAUGAAGAAAUCAAUCUAUUAGAACGAGGUCUCAAAUUCACUCCAACGCCGAAACAGAAUCGAAGUGAACUAAAAACUGACAUUCAGGAAUUUACCAGAAGAAUGCGUCUACUGGAAUUUUUUAACAACCAGCGACCAAAUGAAGAUACUGACAAAUCGUUGGUGAAAAACCCAUCAAACUUUGUACCACCAAAGUCAGAAGAUAGAUACCUCAACAUGUUUAUUGAAGCAACAGCGAACUACCAUAAACACGACACAACGGCGAAGAAAAACAACCUAUCCAGAGCCGAACAAGACGCAUUGGACAAAUUGAAAAACGAUGACACAAUUAUCAUUAAGGAGGCUGAUAAAGGCGGAGCGACCGUGGUCAUGGACAAAACAUUUUAUCGUGCUAAAAUACAAGAAAUGCUGGCCGACAACGAACACUACGCAGAACUGACAGACACGAACUAUGAUGAUAAAUCAUCAAAAAAAUUGGAACACACUUGA